AAAAUAUAUAAGAAGUAAAUUAUAACAGUAAAUAUUCAUGAGUGCACAAAAAUGCACACAUUUUUUAAAAUAAAGGAUAACUGUAAUAACAACGGCAUCGUAGAAAUAAAUUAUUUGUUUCAACAUAAGCCGAAAUGUUAUACCUGAGAGAAAAGGAUCAUUUUUUUAUUCUUAUAUUAUUGGCAAGUGUUGAGUGUCUAUACGGUACACCGGACGGACGUGCAAUGUGCCGUUCCGUACCUGAUUUAACAAAAGAUCAAUUAGAUCUUUGUUAUAAAGCUAGUGAUGUUACAUUAGCUGCAUUAGAAGGACUUGAAUUAGCGAUACGUGAAUGUCAAAUUCAAUUUCAAUGGCAUCGAUGGAAUUGCUCUUCAUUAAGUACAAAAAGUCGAAAUCCUCAUUCCUCAAAUUUAUUAAAAAAAGGAUAUCGAGAAAGUGCAUUUGCUUUUGCAAUUUCAGCAGCUGGUGUUGCGCAAAGUGUAGCUAGAGCAUGUAGUCAAGGACGUUUAGUAUCGUGUGGAUGUGAUCCAUCUGUAAAUAGAAAAACAUUAACGAAAAGUUUACGACAGAGUUUAGAUAAAGAGAAAAAAGAAUUUUUAGAAUAUUUAGAAACAAAUCAGGUAUUAACACCUGAAGAAGAGAAACGUUAUGAAAGAUCAAAAAUUGCAAGUCGUUGGAAAUGGGGUGGUUGUUCACAUAAUAUGGAUUUUGGUGUAGAAUUCUCUAAAUUAUUUCUUGAUUCACGUGAAAAGGCUGGUGAUAUUCAAUCAAGAAUAAAUUUGCACAAUAAUAAUGCUGGAAGAAAAGCUGUAUCAAAUCAUAUGGAAAUACGUUGUAAAUGUCAUGGAAUGUCAGGUAGCUGUCAAUUAAAAACAUGUUGGAAAUCUGCACCAGAUUUUCAUGUUAUUGGCAGAGUAUUAAAAACUCAAUAUCGUCGAGCCAUAUUAGUAGAUCAAUCAAAUUUAGGAAAUGGUGAACCAUUAGUUGUACUAAGUAAACGUGGUAGAGGUGGUGGUAAAUCAUCAAAUUCAGCAAAUAAUAAUAAUCGUCCACCUAGAAAAGCAUUAGAUAAAAAUAGUGCGAGAGCAUAUCGUAAAUUAGAGACAGCAUUAUUUUAUUAUCAGCGUUCACCAACAUUUUGUGAAAAAGAUUUAAGUGCUGAUAUUCAAGGUACCGUUGGUAGAAAAUGUAAUCGUACCAGCACAAACAGCGAUGGCUGUGCAUCAUUAUGCUGUGGAAGAGGCUAUAAUUUGGUAAAAGAAAAACGUUCAGAACGUUGUCAUUGUAAAUUUCAUUGGUGUUGUUAUGUUGAAUGUGAAGAAUGUCAAGUCGAAGAAUGGGUUAGUGUUUGUAAUUAAUCAAUUUUUAUUUAACAAAAAAGAAAAAAUCUUUUAUUAAAAAUAAGAAAAAGAAAUUUGUAAUAUAAAAAAAAUUUGAAUCGAAUAUUAAACAAAAUAUACAAAAAUUACAGAAUAUUGCAUAAGAGAAUGAAACGAAAAAGAAAAUCAAUCAGUAUUAUAAAAUAAUUUAGAUAUGAAAUUUUUUGC